AUGUAUACGCCGAGCUGCCAGACGUGUUACUCGACCAUCCGUCCCGCCCAACUCCCCGGGGCGUACCUGACCCCCUGCUGCGGUCUGCCGAUCUGCGAUCGAUGCCUCGGCGUGAACCCCCGAUUGAGGGAGUACGACCCUUGUCUCCGUUGUGGAGAUGUACGGUCUGCGAGUGGGAGCAGCAGAGUGAGAAUCGGGGCUGCUGCGCAGCGAGCGGAAGAGCGGAGAAGGGAAGAUGCGCGCGUCGAAGCUGGACAAUUCAGUAUCGGAGAUGACGACAGUGACGAGGAGCAAGAGGCAGCGGUAUCUAGGCCUCCAUCAUACAAGGAGGGGCAACCGAUGACCAACGGAGACCAAGAAGGGGAUCAAGCGGGUGGCAAAGAAGCUGAAGUGGAUAUGGAGGUUGUGGAGGUGACCCAUCCCGUUGGGCGUGGAGACACAGUCAUGAGCGUAGCGAGGAAGUAUGCUGCAGAUCCGCACGACCUCCUCACCCUCAACUCCCUCCCUCCUGCCGCACUCAGCUCCAACCCCCGGCUCCUUCAGACCCGACGAAUCCUCAUCAUCUCACGCCGCCUUAUCCCACGCGGUUCUGCUCCUCCUCCGCCUUCAUCCUCACCCGGGCUGAGCCCAGAGGAGAAGGAGAGACGAGAAGCUGAGCGCCGAUUGAAGCGAUUCCAGCUGCUUACGAAGACGACGGACGUGGGCGUUGGCCGGGCGUAUCUGGCGCUGGCGGAAGGCGAGGAUGAUCGGCAUGUUCUAGAAAGCGGGUCGGGGGAGGUGCUGGAGAAGGAGGGAGGUGGGAGUGGGAAGAAGGUGAGGAAGCAGGAGGGGAAGGAGGGGAGGGCGUUGGAGGCGUACUUUGAGGAUGAGGAGUGGGAGGGCGAGGUGGGGAGGGCGGAGAGGGUCAAGGAGGGGAAUCGUCUCGAUAAACCGCCAAAGGUCAUGAAUGCUGCCAAGCCCGGGGAGGAGGCCGCCACCGUGCACUGGUUCAUCGAAGGUCCGCCGCCUUCCCGCGAGACACUCACCUCCGAGAUGGCCAACGUCAUGAACAAGUUUAAGCCGACUCGGCUCCCCUCGAACAGCCACCUUACCAUGUACAUCAGCGAUGGAUCCGAUUGGAAGGACACUCAGUUGGCGCUGCAGGCUGCCAUGGCUGGGUUGGAGGAGAAGCUCAUGGCUGCGUCCGUCAGAGUCAGCCUCACUUCCUACGCCGGCAGGGUGAUUGAGACCUGGGGCAGCGGAUCCGAAGAGCUUGAAGCUGUAGAAGGGUGA